AUCUCUUACGGAUACUAGGCUGCCUCACAAUCACAAAAUACACACGAGAAACAGCUAACAAUGUCUGACAUUCCGGAAAAAAGUGUAUACUACAAAAGGGAAAGACGGAAAUUCGCGCUGAUCACAUAUCUUCUGACCGCGAUAUUUUUGGUCGUGGCGCUGUUACAGUGGGUUCUUCUCUCCUUUGUAGGCUUUUUAAGACUAUUUUUUACUUUAUAUUAUUGGGUCAGCUGCAUUUUCUUUGGAUUGGGCCUUUUACUCCUAGUUCUCUUCAUUUUCUUUGAGGUUCUGCGCUUCAACAGAAUGGUAAAUUGGUUGUUUGCUGUGCUAAUUUUCGAAUGCAUCGUUUUGGGUAUCGCUCCGUUGGUUGCUCGUCAGUACAGGUAUCAAUUCCUUUUUAGCUUCCUCAUGUGGACCCUGGCCUUGGCUCUCUUUAUUGUGUGCGGUUCCUUCCUACCGCUUGAUCUGACUUUGGACGUUGUGGUCCUAUUUGUCCUCGCUGUGGUCUCUAUUAUUGGCGCUAUAUACUUUGUAAUGCUUUACAUCGUCGCCAACGUUCCCUACUCAUUUAUCGUCGCUCGGGCAUUCAUCGUCAUCAGCAUCCUAAUGUUUGUGAUGUAUCACGCUCAAAUUGUAAACGGUGGAAGGUUUGCCGAAAUGCGCACCAAGGACUUCUUUCUGGCUGCAAUAAUAUUGUUUCUCGAUUUCCUGCUCCUCUUUCUUUUUUCGUUUCAAAUGUCGCCAAAAUGGUCAGAUUUGUGUGACAGCGAAAAGAAACACAAUUUGGCGCUGUUCAAGGAAACAACUACGUCGCGCCCCAAUCCUUGGUGGUAUACCUUAACCUGGUCAACGGAGGGCUUGGAACACAACACUAAGGAGUAUGCCCCCUAACGCCGUUACCCAACACUGCCGCCCAGUUGGCGCCAUACACACAGCUGCCAGCUGAUUUCGUUUCGCGUUCCUACCGGUGAAGAAACUUUAAUUGGCACAGAGCUGA